CUGCGGCUACCAACACCACAUUGGCGACGAGGAUGGGAUGAACGUACCCCUAGCCCCGCUGCGCCGUCCGUAUCCGCCCACCAUGAGCUUCACCGGGCUUGCUCCGCCACCGUUUUUCCUUCCGACGCCCGGCCGUCCGUCAUUGCCAUGGGAGCAGUGGGAGCAGAUGUUCAACGUGUACUUGCUGGCAUCCGGAGCCGCCGCAUUCUAGCCGGAGCAACGCAAGGCUAUUCUUUUGCAUUGUUUGGGGGCGGAAGGCCAGCGUAUUUAUCAGACGCUACAUGCAGGGACCAGCGCCGCAGCACCGGCCGCGCCAAGUGCCGCAGCACUCGCCGUUGACAAGUCUGUCGUGGCCCCUCCUGACGAAUACGACUCUGCACUCGCCGCAUUACGGAACCAGUUUUCGACGACGCGCAACGUUAUCAUCGAGCGUCAUCGCUUUCACCGCCGCAGCCAACACACAGGCGAGUCCGUUCAUGGCUUUGUUGCCGCUCUACGGGAGCUAGCGUCACAUUGUUCGUUUGCAUCGCAAGAUGGUGCUCUGCGGCACCAAUUCGUUGCCGGCGUAGCUUCCACUCGCGUACUUGAGCGGUUACUGCUCGAGGGUUCCACACUUUCAUUCGAGAAUUCUGUUCGAAUUGCACUUCAGUUUGAGCAGGCGGCCGAAGAGUUAAAGGAGCUUUCUGCUUCGGUCGAAGCAAUUUCAUUGCGGCAGCGUCGAAAACCAUCGUCGCAUUCUUCAAAAAAAAGGAAUUCGCAACCGGCAGCCACCUUAGAGCAGAAUUUAACGAGGAGCGCGGGCGGCUCACGUGCGCCGCAGCGGAACCGCCCCCCUCAGCGGAACCGAGAACAGAGUAGCCGCUCCGGCUCGCCACUUUGUUUCCGAUGCGGCUCGCGGAACCACAUCGCGUCAGCGCCGCAGUGCCCAGCGCAUGGCAAGACUUGUUCGUUUUGCGGUCGCAAGGGCCACUUUCAAAGGGUAUGCAACCGCAAGCUAACCCAAAUGCAAGGCCGAGUCCGUGAACUUGAAUUUCAUGAAGAAGUUUCGUCUUCCAGCAGUGCUGAGGAAGUUUUGACUGUGCAACGUUCCGCGCGUAGCGGAAUUCAUAUUCAAGUGCAAGUCGCGAAUGUCACUUUGACAUUCCUUGUUGAUUCAGGGUCAUCCGUUUCAAUCCUGUCGGAACAAGAAUUCAGUCGAUAUUUUCAGAGUGUUCCGCUUGUGCCUGCUCCGCAUGUUAGUUUGUUUGACUACUCUCAGCGGCCGAUUCCAGUGCUAGGUUGUUUCCAGGCAGACGUUCGAUUUAAAGGCCGCACAGCGUCGCUACGUUUUUAUGUUGUUCACCGAGGCACUUCUCUGAUCGGUCUUGACGGCAUUAAAGCCUUGGAUCUUCGCAUUGAGGGUUCUGCUCUCAAGUGCUUAUACACGUCCAUUGCUCCGCAGCUGACUGUUGUUGACCCGCUAUCCUGUUCUAUUUCCACACCGUCAAGCGCGCAGCCCCAUAACAAAGCUCUUCCGCCAGCUUUAGCACAAGAGUUCAGUUCACUUUUCAGUCCCGAGUUGGGUCUUGCUAAGGGGUUCACGCAUCGCAUCAAGACACGGCAAGGCGUGCAGCCUGUAAUUUCGAAGCUUCGCCGUCUGCCGUAUUCUCUCCGGUCACCAGUAUCAAAUGAGCUUCAGAGGUUGCUGAGCCUUGAUAUCAUCGAGCACAUCGAUGCUUCUGAAUGGGUGUCCCCCAUUGUUGUUGUUAACAAGAAAGAUGGUAGCAUCAGGAUCUGUGUAGACCUUCGAGAGCUGAACAAAGCUAUUGUUCCAGACAGUUUCCCAUUGCCCCGUACAGAGGAGCUGCUUCACGCUUUGGUAGGCGCUACACACUUCUCCAAACUUGACUUGGCUUCCGCUUACCAUCAGGUUCUCUUGCACCCUGACAGCAGGGAUCUGACAGCUUUCAUCACCCAUGAUGGCCUUUUCCGUUUUAAAAGAGUUUGCUUUGGGUUGGUUUCUGCCCCAGCGGCAUUUCAGAAGAUGAUGGCGAAAAUCCGUGACCGCUGCCCUGGCGUGUUGUUCUACAUUGAUGAUGUCAUUAUUUUUGGCAAGACCGCAGAAGAACACCUUUCAAACUUGAAGACCGUGCUGCAAAAGAUCAAGAACGCAGGUCUGAAACUGAACAAAAAAUGCCUUUUUGACGUUCCAGAACUUGCCUUUCUAGGGCAUAAGGUCACUGCACGUGGUAUCUCGCCACUUCCAGAGAAAGUAGACUCCAUAGUCAACACACCAGUGCCAACUGAUGUGGCCACCCUUCGUUCGUUCCUGGGUCUCGUAGAAUACUACUCCAAGUUUGUUCCACACUUGGCACAAGUGGUUGAGCCUAUGAGAGCCUUACUUCGCAACAAUGAGCCAUUCAUCUGGUCUGCCGAAGCAGACAGCAGUUUCCGGAGGGUCAAGGAAAUGCUUUCGUCAAGUACAGUCCUCCAGAUGUUCGAUCCGUCAUUGCCAGUAAUUGUGUCGACCGACGCGUCCGACUGUGGGCUGGGAGCAGUCCUGCAGCAACAAAGCGGCCACGAGCUCCGCACAGUCGCUUUCGCAUCUCGUACACUCUCGCCUGCAGAGAGGAAAUAUUCAGUCGGUGAACGAGAAGCUCUUGCGUGCAUUUGGGCGUGUGAGCGAUGGCACACGUACCUGUGGGGUCGCCAUUUCACAGUUCUAACAGACCACCAGGCACUGGUGUCCUUGCUGUCGUCACAAGGACAUGGAAGACGCCCACUCCGAAUUGCACGAUGGAGUGCACGACUGCUUUGCUACAAUUUCACUGUUGAAUACCGCAAGGGGUCCACAAACACUGUAGCAGAUGCACUUUCUCGGCUACCACCACCUACCUCGGAGGCAGAGAUUGCUAAGGAGGAAGAAAUUGUCUCGUUCAUUGAGCCAGCCUGCGUGACAAAGGAGGAGUUCAGGCAGGCCGCCCUCGACGACAGUUGCCUGGAAACCGUCAAGUCAUUCGUGCUGAGUUCCUGGCCGCCAAAGAAGUCCAUACCAGAAGAGGCGAAACCUUUCUACGCCAUUCGGGAAGAACUUUCUAUUGUCGAUGACCUGCUUCUGCGUGGAGAGCGCCUCGUUGUUCCGUCCUCACUCACGGCUCAGAUCAUCGGCACCGCGCACCAGAUACAUCCGGGUAUCACGCGCACGAAGGCGCGACUGCGUGAGCGGUUCUGGUGGCCACGAAUGGAUAAGAAAGUGGAAACGGCAGUAAAAAACUGCCAUAUCUGCCUGGAGGCAGAUAAGUCCGCCAGAACAUCACCAGCACCGUUGCAACCUGUUGAAUGGCCUGAGCGACCGUGGCAAAAGCUAGGCCUAGACAUUGUUGGUCCUUUGGAGCAUGCAGCUUACAACAGCAGAUUUGCUAUAACACUUGUUGACUACCAUUAUAAAUGGCCAGAGGUGUAUUUUUGCAGCGAAGUGUCCACGAGCACCGUGAAAGACUUUUUACGAAGUGUUUUUGCCCGUGAAGGCUACCCGGAAGAGAUCGUUUGUGACUAUGGACCUCAGUUCACUUCGCGUGAGUUCAUAACUUGCCUGCAACACAGAGGCAUCAGUCUUUCACAUUCUUCAGUAUACUAUCCCCAAGCCAAUGGGCAAAUAGAACGUUUCAGUCGCACAUUGAAAAACUUCAUUCAAGUCUCACUCCUCGAAAGACGACCACUCCGGCAAGCUGUCACAGAAUACCUUCCCAUUUACCGCUGUACUCCGCACGCCACCACCGGGGUCGCCCCAGCAGUUCUGCUGCAUGGUAGAAUGCCCCGAACCAGGCUGGAUAUCGUGGGUUUCUCGGCACCAGCAUUUGCGGAAGAUCCAGCCAAGGAGUUGGCGCGACUUCGUCAAAGGGUUCGGCGUCAGCAGCAAGGCAGCAAGCACUACACGGACAAAAGGAGAGCCGCUAAGAAGCCGAAGAUAGCCGUAGGCGAUUUUGUCCGCGUCAAAAAACCGUCCGUUCGGUUCAAGGGAGACUGCGCCUUUUCUUCACCAACUGAGGUGAUCAAGAGGAGGGGACCAGCCUCUUUCCGACUUGGAGACGGCCGUACGUGGAAUGCCUCCAAGCUUUCCAGGGUUCCAGAGAGGGGCACCUGGGAACCAGGUCCACCUGCCGCGCCGCAGCCGCGGUCUCCUGAGGCGCUGCAGCCUGCCACGCCGCAGCCGCUUUCUCCCGAUGUGCUGCAGACUGCCGUGCUACAGCCUCCUUCUUCCAGGACGCAGGCACUGUGUCCUGGCAUACCGCAGCAGCAGUCAACGAGCCCGCCGCCAGUGCGACAUCCAACGCGGCCGACCCGAGAGCUCCGGCCACCGGCCUGGCUUCAAGACUAUCAGACCAAUUAG